CCACCAGUAUCUUCUUGCAAACUCCAUGCCCUGAAACAGAGCAGGAGGGAGCCCUCGGAAAAAUCUUUAGCUGCGGCCCACCGUCACUCCGGACAGCGAUUACCCUCCUCUCCCCACCAUGGGCUGGCUUUUUCUAAAGGUUCUGCUCGUGGGGGUGACUUUCUUGGGAGGCCUGUAUCCCCUUGUGGAUUUUUCCUUCAGUGGGGAAACAAGAGGCCGGAAGCCGAAUUUCGUGAUCAUUUUGGCAGAUGACAUGGGGUGGGCGGACCUGGGGGCGAACUGGGCAGAAACGAAGGACACUGUCAACCUUGAUAAGAUGGCUGCAGAAGGAAUGAGGUUUGUGGAUUUCCACGCAGCUUCCUCCACCUGCUCACCCUCUCGGGCCUCCCUGCUCACGGGCCGGCUUGGCCUUCGCAACGGAGUCACGCACAACUUUGCGGUCACCUCUGUGGGGGGUCUGCCGCUCAACGAGACCACCUUGGCGGAGGUGCUGCAGCAAGCUGGCUACGUCACUGGGAUGAUAGGCAAAUGGCAUCUCGGACACCAUGGCUCUUAUCACCCCAACUUCCGUGGUUUUGAUUACUACUUUGGAAUCCCAUACAGCCAUGAUAUGGGCUGCACGGAUACCCCGGGCUACAACCACCCUCCUUGUCCAGCGUGUCCACGGGCCGAUAGACCGGCAAGGAACCUUGAGAGGGACUGUUACACUGAUGUGGCCCUUCCUCUCUAUGAAAACCUCAACAUCGUGGAGCAGCCCGUGAACCUGAGCAGCCUGGCGCAGAAAUAUGCCGAGAAAGCGACCCAGUUCAUCCAGCAUGCAAGCGCCAGUGGAAGGCCCUUCCUGCUGUACGUGGGACUGGCCCACAUGCACGUGCCCUUAUCCAGAAUGCAGCUCUCAGCAGACCCACGGGGCCAAAGGCCAUAUGGCGCAGGUCUCCGGGAGAUGGACAGCCUGGUGGGCCAGAUCAAGGACAAAGUCGACCGCACAGCAAAAGAAAACACAUUCCUCUGGUUUACAGGAGACAAUGGCCCGUGGGCUCAGAAGUGUGAGCUGGCAGGUAGCGUGGGUCCCUUCACUGGAUCGUGGCAAAUUCAUCAAGGGGGAAGUCCGGCCAAGCAGACCACGUGGGAAGCAGGGCACCGGGUCCCCGCUCUGGCUUACUGGCCUGGCAGAGUUCCCGUCAAUGUCACCAGCACCGCCCUGUUAAGUGUGCUGGACAUCUUCCCCACUGUGGUAGCUCUGGCUGGGGCCAGCCUGCCCCAGGACCGGCACUUUGACGGUUUGGAUGCGUCUGAGGUGCUCUUUGGCCGGUCGCAGACUGGGCACAGGGUGCUGUUUCACCCCAACAGCGGGGCGGCUGGAGAGUACGGAGCCCUUCAGACAGUCCGCCUGGGACACUACAAGGCCUUCUACAUCAGCGGCGGAGCCAGAGCCUGUGAUGGGGACGUGGGGCCUGAGCAGCAUCAUGAGCCUCCCCUGAUUUUUAACCUAGAAGACGAUGUUGCAGAAGCUGUGCCUCUAGACAGAGGUAGUGCCGAAUACCAGGGCCUAGUGCCCAAGGUCAGAGAGGUUCUUGCAGAUGUUCUCCUAGACAUUGCUGGUGACAACACCUCCAGAGCGGAUUAUACUCGCGAUCCUUCCGUGACCCCCUGCUGCAAUCCCCACCACGUCGCUUGCCGUUGCCAGAGCAUCUGACGGACCGAUUUUCCCCCAGGCAGAAGAUGUCAGGAAGAGGGCAAGUUCCAGCUCCAGAUGCUGUAAAAACCAAGUCUCAGAAUUUUGUCCCGCAGCCCCCGCGUUGCGCCCCCCGCAAGUCCCUCCUGCGUGCGGAGCUCGGGCGGAGAGCACCCAGGCUUUGGGGUUAGCCCUGGUUCAAGACCCUGGCUUUUGAACAUGGGUGAUUAUUUAACCUAGCUCACGAGCUGAUUUUGGGGACGAAAGAAGGUGAUUUACGAAAAUGCCUGCCACAUGACCUGCCACGGCACAGGCACUGAAUGCAUUUUAGUUUCCUUUUUCUGUACCCAGUUUGGCUGGUCGCUUUAGGAUAGGUUCAUCCCAGCUGCGAUCUAGGGCACUGCUUCUCCAUCUUUAAUAUGCAUACCUCUCAGCUGAGAGCUCGUGGAAGGGCAGGCUCUGACUCAGUAGGUCUGGGGUGGGGCCUGAGAUGCUCCAUUUCUGGGUGGCUGCUGGGGGGUGCCCUGAGCAGCAUGGAUGCAGACUUAGGACAGAGUUAGAUGUUGCCGGGUCUCAGCGCAGAAGAGCCCACAGAUAAAUCCACAGCCCUGCCCGCCUCCCUCCUCCCCUGUUAAAGAUCAAACGACUGUAUUCUAAAGAUUUUAGGCAUCCUUCCUGCUUCCUAAAACCAGUAAGAAAUAAAAAUUUAA